AUUUUCUGAAAUCUGAGAAAAAUAACAAUAACCAGUUAUUGUUACACUGUACACCAAAACACGAGUUACCAAGUUACUUCUCUUUCUUUCUUCGUUGGAUACGUCGUCGUUUACCCUCUUCUUCUACUUUUUCUUCUUCACACUCUUCAUACUCGCAUUCAUCGACCACAAACCCCUCUCUCUGCACCAGAUCCACCACCGUAACCACCUCCCGGAGCCCGAUCCGGAUCCAAAAACUCCAAAACCUUCAUAGAAAACCUUCAAACUGGAGCAAUUGAAGACAAUCGGCCGCGAACUCGCCAUGGGAUCCCAAGGCGGGUUCGGUCAAUCCAAGGAAUUUCUCGACCUGAUAAAAUCAAUCGGAGAAGCUCGAUCUAAAGCAGAAGAAGAUCGAAUCGUAAUCCGCGAAAUCGAAACCCUUAAACGACGAAUUUCUGAGCCUGAUAUCCCAAAACGGAAGAUGAAAGAGUACAUUAUACGCCUUCUCUACGUUGAGAUGCUUGGUCACGAUGCUUCGUUCGGUUACAUUCACGCCGUUAAAAUGACUCAUGAUGAUAACCUGCUUUCCAAACGCACCGGUUAUCUUGCCGUUACUCUUUUCCUGAACGACGAUCAUGAUCUUAUCAUUCUCAUUGUUAACACUAUCCAGAAGGACCUUAAGUCUGAUAACUAUCUUGUCGUUUGUGCUGCACUUAACGCCGUUUGUCGACUUAUCAACGACGAGACUAUCCCUGCCGUUUUGCCUCUCGUUGUUGAACUGCUUUCUCACUCUAAGGAAGCUGUUAGAAAGAAAGCGGUUAUGGCACUUCAUAGCUUCCACCGUAAAUCUCCUUCCUCUGUUUCACAUCUUGUAUCGAAUUUUCGGAAGCGAUUGUGUGAUAAUGACCCUGGUGUUAUGGGUGCUACUCUUUGUCCUCUGUUUGAUCUCAUAAACGACGAUCCUACCCCGUUUAAGGAUCUUGUUGUUAGCUUUGUUAGUAUUCUUAAACAGGUAGCGGAACAUCGGUUGCCUAAGAGCUAUGAUUAUCAUCAGAUGCCAGCUCCGUUCGUCCAGAUUAAGUUGCUGAAACUUCUUGCAUUGUUGGGGAGCGGUGACAAGCCUGCUAGCGAACACAUGUAUACUGUUAUCGGCGAUAUAAUUAGGAAGGGAGAUUCGUCAAGUAACAUAGGGAAUGCUAUUCUUUAUGAAUCCAUUCGCUGCAUCUCUUCCAUAUAUCCCAAUCCCAAGUUGUUAGAAGCUGCUGCGGAUGUGAUUGCCAAGUUUUUAAAGAGUGAUAGUCAUAAUCUGAAGUACAUGGGCAUUGAUGCUCUCGGCCGGCUGAUAAAGUUAAGUCCGCUUAUUGCAGAACAACAUCAACUUGCUGUCAUUGACUGCUUAGAGGAUCCCGAUGAUACUUUGAAGCGAAAAACUUUUGAACUGCUAUACAAAAUGACCAAGUCUUCCAAUGUGGAAGUGAUUGUUGACCGUAUGAUUGAGUACAUGAUCAGCAUCAGUGACGAUCAUUACAAAACCUAUAUUGCUUCUCGAUGUGUAGAACUUGCUGAGCAAUUUGCACCAAGUAAUCAUUGGUUUAUACAGACCAUGAAUAAAGUUUUUGAGCAUGCUGGUGAUCUUGUGAACAUUAAGGUUGCACAUAAUUUAAUGCGGUUGAUUGCGGAAGGAUUUGGAGAGGACGAUGAUGCGGCAUACAGUCAGCUGAGAUCUUCUGCUGUUGAGUCAUAUUUGCGCAUUAUUGGAGAGCCAAAGCUUCCAUCAGGGUUUCUUCAAGUUAUCUGCUGGGUUCUUGGGGAAUAUGGCACAGCUGAUGGCAAGCAUUCCGCAUCCUAUAUCACUGGGAAGUUAUGUGAUAUGGCAGAGGCAUAUUCGAAUGAUGAAAUCGUUAAGGCAUACGCAAUAACAGCAUUGACAAAAAUUUAUGCAUUUGAAAUAGCAGCUGGGAGGAAAGUGGAUAUGCUAUCUGAGUGUCAAUCUUUGGUUGAGGAAUUAUUAGCAUCCCACUCCACUGAUUUGCAGCAACGUGCUUAUGAGUUGCAAGCCGUUAUUGGUUUGGAUGCACGAGCUGUUGAAGCAAUAUUGCCGCAUGAUGCCAGUUGCGAAGAUAUUGAGGUGGAUAAUAAUCUUUCUUUCCUCAAUGGUUACAUCCAGCAGUCUAUAGAAAGUGGUGCUAUGCCCUACAUUUCAGAGAACGAGCGCUCUGGAAUGGGGAAUAUGGGCAACUUCAGAAGCCAAGACCAGCAUGAGUCUGUACCGCAUGGUCUGAGAUUUGAGGCAUAUGAAAUUCCAAAGGCUCCCACUCCAGUUUCACUUUCAUCCGUAACUGACCUUGUUCCAGUACCUGACUCGAUGUAUGCUAGGGAGACUCACCAGAUCACGUCAGUUGGAUUAGCAUCAGAUACAGGAUCAUCAGAGCUUAAACUAAGGCUUGAUGGUGUUCAGAAAAAGUGGGGCAAGCCAACUUAUUCGUCCCCAGCAUCAUCCUCAAAUUCUACUUUCCAAAAUCCAGUGAAUGGGGUGGCAAAGGUGGAUGUUGCAACUACUGUAAAUUCAAAAGCACGUGAUAGCUACGAUUCAAGAAAGCAACAGAAUGAAAUUGAUCCAGAAAAGCAGAAGCUUGCGGCCUCAUUGUUCGGUGGUUCUGCUAAACCUGAGAGAAAAACAUCAACCAGCAGCAAGGUUCCAAAAGCUAGUGCGGCAAGUGUACCCAAUAAAGAAUCUGGGGAGAAAACUAAUCAACCUCCUCCUCAAGAUUUGCUUGACUUGGGUGAACCAACUGUCACUGUUGCAUCUCCCACUGUAGACCCAUUCAUGCAACUGGAAGGACUUCUUGACCCAAGCAUUAGUUCUACAGUAAGUCAUAGUGACGGUGCUGUUACAAAUGCACCUGAUAUUAUGGGACUCUAUAGCGGCACUACUUCUAGUGAACAGAGGGGUGGUGGUGGCUAUAUCCCUGCGACCGGGGAUAAUUUAAAUCUUUUAUCCGAGUUGUCAAAUGCAGCAGCUGUCAGAGGCACUACGGGAGAAGCAAUAGUGUCCCCCUUAUCACAAUCUGUAAAGGGUGCAAAUGCUAAAGAUUCUUUGGAGAAGGAUGCAAAAGUCAGGCAGAUGGGUGUCACUCCCACGGGCCAGAAUCCCAAUUUGUUCAGGGACUUGCUUGGCUAAUCUGGUUAGAGGACAAUUGUAAAUCAUACUGGUUGAGCGUAGAAUAUCUUGUGAGUUACCACAUGCAGUUUCCAGAGCUAAUUGGCUAUAAUAAUUUACAUUAUGAUCUAGAAUGGAUGAUUGCAGCCAUCAAGAAUUGGAUGAUUCCAUAUCCAGGAAUGGUGACUAAAAAUGGUAAAGGCUUUUACUAGCUGCAGAAUAGCUUUUGGAAGCUGUCCUAGUUGCAUCCAGGUUUUGGUCAGUUUACAGUCUGAAGGAAGGGUACUGUUGUACAAGGUCAUUGCAUUUUAUGCUUUCUUUGGAAGUUCCAGGCCAUCUUAGUUGUUAUACCAAAGAACUGCUUUUGGUUCCAAUUUUUGUAAUUUUUGUGCAUUUUUCCACCUGUUCAUAUAAUGUUUUUUUUAUCAAUGAGAAAGCUUGAUGUUGCGGUAAAAAUUGGGUUGAUGUAUGACAUUUGUAAACCUUAAAAUUUAGUGAUCAUUGUAGGUUCAUCUA